AUGGAAAUACGUAAAAGCCUUGAGGCUAAUUUUCUCACAUGCAAACAUUGUCAACAACCUUACAGAAAACCAAAAGUGCUUGUUUGUUUGCACACAUUUUGUCAAUCAUGUUUAGAGGAGAUUUUGAAGAAGAAAGAAGAAGAGCAGGAGGCAAAGGAAAUUGAGAGCGCGAAACGAUAUUACGCAACAUCAAAUCUGGUGAAUGAUUAUCGAACUGGAGGUUAUCGGAAAAAGUGGUCUUCCAAAUUUCGUUACGGUGGUGGAGGUUAUGAUUCCAGUGACUACGGUUUAUCUCGAUAUAAUUUUGUCACAACCAAAGAUAAACGAAUCGCCUGUCCUGUGUGUGAAAAAGAGACAGUUCUUCCAUCUGGAGGUAUUUCAGACUUACCCACAGAUCAACUGGCUGAUAAGUUAGCUUCCAUGGUUGAUCGAAUGCCAACUUUCCCUGUGUGUGAUGUUUGCACAAAGCAGUUACUUUUGACCGAACCCGUGAUAAUGAAUCACACUGAUAUUGAAUCGAGCAAUAGUCAGCAAUCGGCGUUCUCUGCAACUGAACGCUAUGGCACCGAUGAGGACAGUUCCUCGACGGAUGAUGACGGAGAUGGAGAAGAAACAGAAGCUUCCUCUUCCGCACUCAGUGCCAAACAAAACGGUUCAUUGUCCAGUGACUCGGGUAUCAAAUCCGGUCAGAACAAUCGCAACGGUUUUAUGUUCCCAAGAAGAACGGUAGGCAAAGACGUCGGCGUAAAUUGGUUUCCGCGUCUGUAA